CCCUCUCUCGAUCACAUGGCGGUAACAUUUACUCGUGUUGCAGUGAGCUGAGCUGAGCUGCACCUAAAGUUCAGCUGGCCUGAAACACUACGUUUGUGUGAGGCUGUGUGUAGAAGCUGAUAAAGACAGAGAGACUGUGGGGAAAGAGGACACCUGUAGCGCACACUCGCCACUCAAAGCGCACUUUCAGAGGCUGCUGGAGUCAUUAAAGCCCGGGAAGAAAACAGGUGAGCAGGACAAGGAGAAGCAGAGAGACUGAACACUGAGGAGGACUGACGAUUAACGACGGCCACCAUGGUUUAACUUCUUCUGGAGACCUGUUUUUCUGAAGCCAGAGAGAGAGAGAGAGAGAGAGAGAGAGAGAGAGAGAAAAGAGAGAGCUUUUCGAAGAGGAGAGAAACUACAUUUCAGACCUGUCAUGGCCGACCCUGCAUGGUGGAAGCUCACCUUCCUGAAGAAAAAGAAGUCAGAGGCGAAAGUCCUGUACGAAAUCCCGCCAGACUUCAGCACCAACAAUGCAAAUAAAGACCUGGACCAUGAUGCGGCAGACAGCAAUUUAGAUGCCAGACUGGAAAAAAUAGUGGCCACCAAAUCUGCCACCAAAGGCCGUCACGUCAAAGUCUCUCAUUCUGGCCGGUUCAAGGAGAAGAAGAAGAUCCGUGCAACUCUGGUGGAAAACCCAAGCCUUUUUCCUGAAUCUGCUCAGACGGAGAAGAGCCACGUGGAACAAUAACAUCUAAACCAGGGGUGUCCAAACUCGGUCCUGGAGGGCCGGUGUCCUGCAUAUUUUAUUCCAAUCCCAAUUAAACAUACCCGGACACCGGCUCUCCAGGACUGAGUUUGGACACCCCUGAUCUAGACCAAACACACCAUUUGAGGCCUGCUUAUUGAUAUAUGUAUAUAGAGCUGAUUUUUCAGUGAAUUAUCGCUGCAGAGAAGAUACUGGUACAGAAAACAAGUUUGACCAUCCAUAUUUCAAUCUAAGGGCAGCCCAAGAUGAAUAUUAAGAAGUUUAUUUCCUGUAAAUUAUAAAAACAAUGUUGUCAUGUUCAUAAAAUGCGAUAUGAUGGCUGUGGAACAAAGAAAAUACCUGACAAGAUGGACAGAACUCUCUCCAUUCAUUUCUAAAUUACAUUUAACAUGAAGAACGUUCUUAAAAAUGUACUUUAUUGUGUAAGACUAACUAAUGUCGGACCUGUGGGAAGCUUACAGUUUGAUGGACUGUUGUGCCUUUUGAUUAGCACUUCAUGACCUGUUUUUUUUCUUUUGACCAUGUUGUACACGCACAAACAUUGAGUUGUUUAAUGAACUUAUUUUUAAUUUUAUCAGUAUAUCAUAAAAAGGGUUUCAGUUGAAGCAUGGACAGCCAAUGUCACAACACGAGAUCCUCUCACUACAGCUUUAAUUUGCUUUGUUUAAUCUCCAUUUUCUUUUGUUUACUGCAAUUUCACAGGUUAUUGUUGAAAUAAGCAAAAUAAAGAUUAGUAUUGCAUUGCUAAAAUGUCAUAAAGCGUGUACAGUUUUAUGCAAAAAUUUGGGCACCCUUCUGGCUGCAUAGUUAUGUGAUCUUUCUUUAUAAGAGAAGAUCACCGUGAAAUGCCAUUCGGUAUCUAGAGAAUCUAGACAAUGUCAUGUUUUUCAGACAGAAAUCUAUAGUGUAGCAGUAUUGAGAUGUGUGGAAUUAAAGUGAAACUGGACAAUGGGCUAUGCAAAAGUUUUGCAUAUAGGCUAUGAAAUCUCUUUUGUGUGGAUUUCAAAUCCUGUAGUCACUUAAUGCUGAUUGAUUACAACACACAAUUGAUUUGAGUGACUCAGUGAACCUUAACAAUCCUAACAGAGGUGCAACCAAUCAUGAAAAAGGAUAUUUAAGAUAGCUGAUUGCUUGUUGUGGUUCUCCUUAUAGUUAACCAGCAGGUAGCAACAUGGGAACCUCAAAAGAACUUCAAUAUAACCUAAAAACUAGGAUAAUUUACCAUCAUCAAUUAGGAGAAGGAUGCAAAAAGCUGUCAAAGAGGUUUAAAGUCUCUAUCUCCACAGCCAGAAAUAUAGUAAGUAAAUGGAAGGCCACAGGAACAUUUCUUUUGCAGGAAAGAUGUGCUAGACCAAGAAAAAUAUCUGAAAGGCAAAGGCGAAGAAUGGUUAGAAUGGUCACAGACAAACCACGGAUCACCUGUGGAUCAUCUUGCUGCUGAUAAUGUCACUGUGCAUCGUUCCACAGUUCAGCACACUCUUCAAAAAGAACAGCUCAAUGGAGGGUGAUGCAGAAGAGGACUUUUCUGCACUCUGCCAACAAGAGUCAUUUGAGGUAUGAAAAGGCUCAUCUGGACAAGCCGGAGUCAUUUUGGAAAAAUAUACAGUGGACAAAUGCCACAACCACAGGUGCUUUGCAUGGCGGAACAAGAACACAGCAUUCCAGGAGAAAAACCUGCUCCAUACUGUAAAAUACAGUGGAGGGUCCAUCAUGCUGUGGGGAUGUGUGGCAAGCACAGGUACAGGAAAACUUGUCAGAGUUAAAGGUCGCAUGAAUUCCAUCCAGUAUCAGCAGAUUCUUAGGAAUAAUGUUCAGAAAUCAGUCAAGAGGCUGAAGUUUCCCCACAGUUGGAUGUUUCUGCAGGACAGUGAUCCAAAGCACAGUUCCAGAUCUACUAAGGAAUUUAUGCACAGACAAGACACAAUGUUCUGGAAUGGCCAUACCAGUCCCCCGACUUGAACAUCAUUAUAAAUCUAUGGAUUGAUUUGAAAAGGGCUGUUCAUGCUCGGCACUCAUCAAACCUGACUGAACUAGAGACGUUUUGCAAAGAAGAAUGGCCCAAAAUGCCUUCAGUAAGAAUUCAGAGAUUAUCCUUCACUAUAAGAAGUGUCUACAGGCUGUUAUUUCAGCAAAAGGUGGCUGUACAAAAGAUUGAUGUCAUUAUUCUGUUGGGGUGCCCAAAUUUUUGCACCUGUCUGUUUUUGUUAAGUUUUAAAUUGCAUUGCAUCUGUUGAUUAAAUAAAUGUUACGAA